AAGAGCUCCUCAACAGUAAUAAUAACUAAUAAGAGCUCCUCCAUCUCCAUAACCUUGUUUCAUUCUCUGCCUAGAAUCAUGAGUAACACCAUUCUUGUUUUCUUUUUCUUCUUCUUUACAACUCUGCAGCAAUCCUACUCUGAAAACAAUGACACCUCAUACUCCAUUUGCAGCAAACCAUUCAGCUGCGGAACACGCAUCACCAACGCAUCCUACCCUUUCUGGGGAGGGAACAGACCCCAGUUUUGUGGAACCAAUGGUUUCAAACUCACUUGCACCAACAACACUACUUCACUUCAAAUUGGUUUGCAAAAGUUCCAUGUACUUGCCAUAAACCAAACUCAGAGUACCAUGAGACUCGUCAGAACAGACUUUGUCUAUGAUCGCUGUUCUUCCAACCUCACCAACACUUCUCUCAAUGGAAGUCCCUUUCAUUUUCUCCCAAACACUCUUCACAAUAUCACUAUAUUCUACGAUUGUCCAUCUGGGGAUCAUUACACCAACAAUUUUACGUGCCAGAAUGAUAGCAGCAAACGUGGUUUCUAUGCUGUCAAUGGAACUCAGGCUCAGCAGUUUCGGAACUGUGGGGUUAGUGUUCAAGUGCAAGUUUCAGGUUCUGUAGGGAAUAAUCUCAAGGGAGCAUUGGAUGAAGGGUUUGAUGUGCAAUAUGAUGCAGACUUGUCUUCAAAGUGCAAAACAUGCACGGAAUCUGGAGGAGUAUGUGGCACCAAUAACGAAACUGAUUCCUCUCAGUUUUCAUGUUAUUGCCCCACUGGAACUCAUGCUUCUGCUUGUUCUUCUCAUAAAAGUAGUUCGAAGCACAAAGUCUUGAAGCUAGUUUUAGGUUUCCUAGGAACUGGAAUUGGACUACCUCUGAUUGCUGUGAUCAUAUGCCGCAAUAAAGCUAAGGUGUGGAAGUUCAUAAAGAAUCAAUUAGGAUUGAUGAAUAAGCAUGAUCGAAAUAUAGAAGCCUUUCUAGAAAGCCAAGGUCCACUUGGUAUUAAAAGAUAUAAUUUCUCUGACGUGAAGAAAAUGACCAACUCCUUCAAAGUCAAACUCGGAGAAGGAGGUUAUGGUUCUGUUUACAAGGGAAAAUUACCCAAUGGUUCCUCUGUGGCUGUAAAGAUGCUCAAUGACUCCAAAAGGAAUAACGGCGAAGAAUUCGUCAAUGAAGUUGCCAGCAUUAGCAAAACAUCUCAUGUUAAUGUUGUCACUCUUGUCGGAUUUUGCCUCGAAGGAAGCAGAAAAGCUCUUAUUUAUGAAUUCAUGCCUAAUGGUUCUCUCGAAAAAUUUGUUCACAAAAAGGCCGAUCAAAGCACUCCGGCCCUGAGUUGGGACAAGUUGUACCAGAUUGCAAUCGGGAUAGCUAAAGGAUUGGAGUACUUGCACAAAGGAUGCAACACUAAGAUUGUGCAUUUUGAUAUUAAGCCUCAUAAUAUUCUCUUGGACGAAAAUUAUCGUCCAAAGAUAUCAGAUUUUGGACUAGCUAAGCUCGGCACAAAGGAUGAGAGCCUUAUGUCAAUGUCAUAUGCUAGAGGCACAGUUGGAUAUGUGGCUCCGGAGAUGUGCAACAAGAGUUUCGGAGGUGUGUCUCAUAAAUCUGAUGUUUAUAGCUACGGAAUGAUGCUGCUAGAAAUGGUUGGAGGGCAGAAGAAUGCGAAUGUUGAAGCGAGUCGGUCGAGCGAGAUAUACUUUCCACAAUUGGUGAUUUACAAGAAGCUUGAGGUUGGGAGUGACUUGGGGCUUGAUGGGGUGAUGAGCACAGAAGAAAAUGAGUUGGCGAAGAAAAUGAUUAUGGUGGGUUUGUGGUGCAUUCAGACAAUUCCCUCUCAAAGGCCAACCAUAAGCAGAGUGAUUGACAUGUUGGAAGGUAGCAUGGAUUCUAUGGAAAUGCCACCAAAACCAACCAUGUCAUCUCCUCCAAGAUCCACAACAGACUUUUCCACUGCAUCAUUAUCAGGGGAUAGUUGUUGAUAAAUCCAACGUUUCUGUGCUGCACAAGUUGCAUGUGUUGUUGUUUCAAUGUUUCCAACAACAAAAGAUGUUGCUAAUAAAACUAAAAGCUACAGGUUUUCUUGGUGUGACUUUGAUUCUGUAUAUCAUGUAGUAUACAGAAUAAUAGAAUGAGAUGCUUAUUUUGUAGUACUCAUUUGUACCUGAAAAUCUUAUAAAUAUGUACGUUAUAUUUAGAUGAUGGAGUUGAAAAUGGUUGAGUGUAGAUCAAUCAAACUUUGUUUUAUCUUUA